UCUUCCUCGUUGCAUUCCUUUCUCUGCCGCUCGCGUCGCGGUCGCCAUCGAGGGCCUGCCGCCCCGCGUCGCCGCUUCCCUAUCGAGCUAGCGCGUCACGCCGUUGGGAGGAGGCCAGGCAGAGCGACGGGAGGUGGCCAAGCGGAGCGAGACAGGGGGUUUGUCUCUUCCCCCUGACCCCCUCGUUUCUUUCUCUCUCCCUUGCAUCUCUCUCCCGCUACCGCCGCCAUCGCCAUUGACCUCGCCAGCUGCUCCUCCCUCUAAAUCUAACCCUAGAUCCCCCUCUAUGACGUCGCAGCCACCCAUCCUCCUCCUGUCCCGGCUCUCCUCCUACCCGCAUAUCGGUUGCGCCGCUGCUCUCCCAUCGAUCUCGCGUGCCGCCAUCACCAGGAGGAGUGAGUGGAUUGAGGACCUGCCAUUCUCGCCAUUGCUUCCCCGUCGAGCUCGCGCAUCACAUCAACGGGAGGAGAGGCUGCCGCUGCUCUACCCAGAGGAGCGCGCUGUCGACAAGAGGAGUCAAGGCGGAGGUCGCCGCUCCACCGUCGCCACCAGCUAUGCUCUGGGUGACGCUAACUGGUUCCAGUGGCUCGGCCCAGCCCUGCACCGCAGGAAGAAUAGGAAGCGGGGAGGGAGGAAGGGAAGGAAGACGAGAUCGUGGCCGGCACGCUGCGUCCAUUCAUCCAGGUACUGAUUGGUGUCACGGCUAAGGUUGGCUGGGUGUUUUUUGGGUGUUCAGGUAACAAAUCUGCUGUCUAACCUUUUCCUGGGUGUUUCUUGCAAUUUCGUCGAAGUCC